UUCUGAACAGUGAACCUCAAAGUGCUGAAGACAAAACCUUACUGACUGGAUUAUUACCUAACUAACACUUGCACUGGGAUUUUAUAUAGAAACCAAGCUGCCUUUAUCCACCACAACUGAAUUCUCAUGGCGUCAAGCGAACUUAGUCUUAUUCUCAACAACGCAAAUGCCAACCUGUACCCAUCUGAACCGCAGCCCAACUUGUUGAGCAUGACAGCGCCGAUGGGCAGACUCUCAGAGAUGACCUUCAGCAGUAACAACAACAGCACAAUGGGCCUCUGGGACCUGGUGAACCCACAGAUGUGGACCAGGCAGAACGUUCUGGAGUGGAUCGGCUUUCACGUGGAGGACAGCAGGUUCGAUGCCAGUCUGCUGAAUAUGAACUACUGCGACAUGGACGGGAUCACACUGUGCACAAUGUCAAAAGAAACUUUGAUGAGCAUGUUCGGAUCGAUGCUUGGUGAACGGCUUCACCACAGCCUGGAGACCCAAAAGGCCAGAUAUGCUACUGACCUGUCUGAGACAUGUCUGAGUGAAUCCGAAUUAGACUUACUGGACAACAUACUGCAGAACUCGUUUCCCUACAUGCAUGGACCGAGCCUCGGUCCACUUCUGGAAACGGUGGUGGUCCAGCCCUCAAUUCCAUCAGACAAUUCGGAGAACAACUACAGCUACUUUGAUGAGUACACCAACCAGCUGACUCCAGAGAGCGACCACGGCUACGACUCUCUAACUGAGAGCUUUCAGAGUUCCCACACUGGUAGCUUCCUGAACCCAAGCUCACCCGAGUCCAACAGCAGCGACUCCGACCCAGAAUACUCAGAGAUGCAUUACUCCACCAGCACUAAGAACUUUGUGAAACAAGAGUCCGGAGAGCCCAAAAAGAGAGGCAGAGGACGACCCCCAAAGUGCCAAAGUGAGGGAUUUGACCAUUUCAUUCAGUCCAAAAAAAGCAAACACGCUCCAAGAGGAACCCACCUGUGGGAGUUUAUCCGGGACAUCCUGAUCCACCCGGAGAAGAACCAAGGUCUGAUGAAAUGGGAGGACCGCAGGGAUGGCGUCUUCAAGUUCUUGAAGUCCGAAGCUGUUGCUCAGCUCUGGGGGCAGAAGUAUUACUACAAACGAGAGAUUCUGGAGAGAGUUGAUGGACGCAGACUCGUCUACAAGUUCGGGAAGAACUCCACCGGUUGGAGAAUGGAGGAGACCGGAUAUUGAAGUGGACCUGUCAGUCAAACCUAGAGACUUUGUACUCCUGCAAAUGAGGAACUUUAGGCUGCUCUGAAGAUCCUCUCUUUAGAAACACGCUCUUCCCAGAGGGAAAAGGUUUCACAGAAACUGUAAGCCAGAGUUUUGGCUAAAGUAGGUUUUAUGAACCGGUAAAAGUUGUGUAUGUCUGGUUCGAGCGGCACGCGGGCGUGGCCUGGAUCAGAUAGUAUUGCUGCAUCACUUAAAGACUCUAUGUAAACACUUGUUCUACACAAUGGUUGAACUGUUAGAGAAUGUAAAGCUUUGUUAAGGCUCUUUGGUAUUGGGAAUUGAAGUUUCGUGUGUAGGUAUAUUUGUCAAACCAUUUGUCAGAGCAGAUUAACGGAAGAACACGUCGGUGGUAUGAAGUGUCUGUAACGUUCAUAUCUGCUGUGCUGAUUGAUAUUUGUUCUACUGUAUAUAAAUGUAUGUGUAAACUAUAUAUUCUUUGUAAUACUUGUCAAUCGAGUACAAAUCAGAUUUAUCAAUUUCUCAAUUUUUCUGUGAUUUGUCAAGUCACUGGAUAAUGUGUAUGAGGUUUGCCUCUCAGAUGUUAUAACUAUUAUGUAUGGCAUUUAUUUGCUAGUUUUUGUAUUCGUAUUUUCUAAAAAAUAAAAUUU